GUUUUCUUCCCGUGACAGUCUGGUGCCUGGCAGGUGAUUAGCACAGCGAAGCUCCUCCUCUGCCUGCGACUUAGAGACAAACCUGGAGAACAACAUAUCAAGACAAGGAAUUCUGCAGGACAGAAACGAACAAGAUGGAUACUUCAAAACUCCCCAAGAUCCGAGAUGAGGAGCGGGAAAGCCAGUUUGGAUAUGUACAUGGGGUUUCUGGACCAGUGGUGACUGCUACCGCUAUGGCAGGAGCAGCCAUGUAUGAGCUGGUUCGUGUAGGUCACAGUGAGCUGGUGGGAGAAAUUAUCCGUUUAGAGGGUGACAUGGCCACUAUCCAGGUCUACGAGGAGACUUCUGGUGUGUCCGUCGGUGACCCUGUCCUUCGGACGGGGAAACCCCUCUCUGUAGAACUGGGACCGGGAAUCAUGGGCUCCAUCUUUGAUGGUAUCCAGCGUCCACUGAAAGAUAUCAACGACCUCACUCAAAGUAUCUAUAUUCCAAGAGGAGUAAACAUUGGUGCUCUUAACAGAGACCUUAAAUGGGAAUUUAGCCCCAGCCAGAGCCUUCGGGUUGGCAGUCACGUGACAGGUGGCGAUAUCUACGGCAUGGUGUUCGAGAACUCUUUAAUAAAUCACAAGCUGAUGCUUCCACCUCGCAACAGAGGCACCGUCACCUACGUAGCUCCGCCUGGAAACUACGACAUUUCUGAUGUGGUUCUGGAGCUGGAAUUUGAAGGCGUGAAGGAGAAGUUCACCAUGGUGCAGGUGUGGCCGGUCCGACAAGUCCGCCCAGUCACAGAGAAGCUACCGGCUAAUCAUCCGCUGCUGACUGGUCAGAGAGUUCUGGAUGCGCUUUUCCCUUGCGUGCAGGGUGGUACCACUGCUAUACCAGGUGCCUUUGGAUGUGGGAAGACUGUGAUCUCGCAGUCCUUGUCCAAGUACUCCAACAGUGACGUCAUUAUCUAUGUCGGCUGUGGAGAGCGUGGAAAUGAAAUGUCUGAAGUGCUGCGGGAUUUCCCAGAGCUCACUAUGGAGGUUGGUGGCAAGGUGGAGAGCAUCAUGAAGAGAACAGCACUGGUUGCUAAUACAUCCAACAUGCCUGUGGCUGCCAGAGAGGCCUCAAUUUAUACAGGCAUCACACUGUCCGAAUACUUCAGAGAUAUGGGCUACAAUGUGAGCAUGAUGGCCGACUCGACAUCUCGGUGGGCCGAAGCGCUCAGAGAAAUCUCUGGAAGAUUAGCUGAAAUGCCUGCUGACAGUGGCUAUCCUGCUUACCUGGGCGCGAGGCUCGCCUCUUUCUAUGAGCGCGCCGGCCGUGUGAAGUGCCUGGGAAAUCCAGAGAGAGAAGGCAGCGUCAGCAUCGUAGGAGCUGUGUCACCCCCUGGUGGAGAUUUCUCGGACCCUGUCACGUCAGCCACAUUGGGAAUUGUUCAGGUGUUCUGGGGAUUGGACAAGAAGCUGGCCCAGAGAAAGCAUUUCCCUUCCGUAAACUGGCUGAUUAGCUACAGCAAGUACACACGAGCUCUGGAUGAAUAUUACGACAAACAUUUCCCUGAGUUUGUUCCUCUCCGCACAAAAGCCAAGGAGAUUCUACAGGAGGAGGAGGACCUGGCUGAAAUCGUGCAGCUUGUAGGCAAGGCUUCCCUCGCUGAAACUGAUAAAAUCACUCUAGAAGUGGCUAAGCUCAUUAAAGAUGACUUCCUUCAGCAGAACGGUUAUACCCCCUACGACAGGUUCUGCCCCUUCUACAAAACUGUUGGCAUCCUCUCGAACAUGAUUGCGUUUUAUGACAUGGCCCGGCAUGCGGUGGAAUCCACAGCACAGAGCGACAACAAAAUCACCUGGGCCAUGAUCAGGGAGCACAUGGGAGAGACCCUGUACAAAAUCAGCUCCAUGAAGUUCAAGGACCCUGUUAAGGAUGGUGAAGCUAAGAUCAAAGCAGACUUCGCCCAGCUGCUGGAGGACAUGCAGAACUCCUUCCGGACCCUGGAGGAAUGAGCUUCCUACCUCACAGCUCCUCUCCCAAGCAUCCAAACCCCGGUGCAGUGCAGCAUAGUGCAGAUUAAAUGGCCCGUAAAUGUCUGCCUCAGUCAUGUGAACUCCUUGAUUCCUCUGUGUUUACGUCCCCUUAAACAUUCCGCACUUAUGUCCAUUUCAUUUUGUUGAUUUGUGACUCAUCUACUUCAUGAACAGUACUGGAAUCACCUGAAUACAGCUGCUCUUCACUCAGCCCACUGCGUAGCACUUACAGAUCACUACACCUUCAUGCUGUGGUUACAAUCAGAGGGCCCCGAUCAGGUGCUGUUCUUGCACUUAACCAAUAUCCGCAACAAAGAGUGGAACAUUUCUUUUCCCCCAGAUGUGACAAUGAUCAAUACAUUAUUAGAACACAUGGGUAAAGGGACAGGUGCACUGUGUUGCUGUAUAUCAGGGGGUUAAAGGCAUUCUCCCAACUCUUACCUCUCUCUGCGUGAUAGUGGUGUUGUGGACUAUAUACUUGAUAUUGUGUAAAAAUGUGACUGAAUGAGUCUGUUAGCGUGUUGUAACAGAUGUCUGAAUAUUAUAUUUGUGGUGCGUAACUCUGUCCUGAAAUAAAUGUAAAGA